AUGGGUGCAGUAAAUCUCUCAAACAUUCAACCCGCACUUGACCUCAAAUUCCCAUUCGAAUUGUACAAGCACACUUGGUGUUCUCUGCAACUCACUAACAAAUCCGAUGAAUACGUCGCGUUCAAGGUUAAUGCGACGGAUCCAAAGAAAUACUGCGUUCGUCCAAAUGUAGGAAUUGUAUUGCCUGGAACAACAUACAACGUUGCGGUAACAAUGCGAGCACCACAGGCACAGGAGGAUAUGCUGCAAUGCAAAGACGAGUUCCUUGUACAGAGCGUCAUUUUACGUGACAUGUUUAACAAAGGAAAAUAUGCCAGUGUUGUUAAUCUCAAGGAUUUUAAAUUGAGGGUGGUUUAUGUUCCAGCCAAUCCACUGCAGGAGGUACCUCAAAGAUCUGAACAAGCAUUCAAAUUUAAGGUGACUUAUAAUCCAGCAAAGCCAGUACUGCGGGCACCUCAAGGAUCUUCGGCAUCUCGUGUGGAGAAUGAGAGUCCAAGAAGUUCUUGGUUCGAUGUUGUAGCAAGCUUAUUAUUCCGCGAUAAAAGCAUGUCUAGAAGCACGGCGCCCUUGCUUGCACCCUUGCUUGAUAAUAAUUACGAAAACACUGAAGCAAGUUAA